AUGGCCAUAUUCCGACUCAUCAACCACAUACUGGAGACGGACGCAAAACGCAGCAAAUGGGACGCCGAGUAUUACGGCACUACCACCACCCACGCAGCCAUCGAGCAGCAGCGAUACCACCCCACACGAUAUGCAGCAGCGCCUGGCGCCCUCCCCGAACAGCGCAGGUCCUGCCGCGAGCUCAAACAGGAACUGAGGGCUGAGCGCCGUCGGCGCAAAGCGGAACGGGUUGCCGUGCGACGCGAGAGGAGGGACUGCCGCCGUGGCGGGGGUUGUUGCAGGCGGAGGCAGAGGGACGCGGCAACUGUGUUUGCGCCUGAGACAGUGCCCUUUGGAUCAGUCAGGACUCAGCAACUCCUGCAUGAAGGAGGGAGGCAAAACUACCAUCACACCGACAGUGUCCCGGCUGCGAGAUCGGAGCAGGUGCGGGUGAGUGGCCAACAUCUGCCUCGACGACAACCACCCGUCGAUCAUGUUGGCGACGGAGGGAUGGAGGAGGCGCCUCCGGCUUAUGAGAAGGUGCAGACGGUUCACUGA